AUGUCAUCCGGGGAUGACCCGCCGGCACCGUCUUCGGCGCGGUGUUCCCCGUUUGAUGCGCCACCGCCUCCCUACAACCAUGACUUCCCUCCGUCAUCGCCUUUUCCAGAGUCAGAUGUUCAGGAAGUGUCUCCAUCGAUUGCCAACUCUUUAAAGAACUUGGUUCGCACUCCUGCCGAGGUCAGCUUACAGUUUCCUGCGCCCAGCAUUGCCUCUACUGGCGAAGGUGUGGAGAGAGAUGCACGCCUGCAUCGUAAGGAACUCGAAGAUGCUUUGGCGGAUACCAAGUUCGGUUACGGAACGGCUGGGCGUCCCCAACUCCUGCAACUGACGGAGGAAGAACAGCAGCGGUUUCAAAAGCGGAUGGAAGAAAUGUGUUUGGAUGGUCCUGCGUACAGGAGUUCUGGAAAUAAUUCUGCUGGAGAGGCGGAGGGCUCGGAUAACAACGAAAGCCGGCCAUCGCAGAAGGAGCGGACCCUUCUGCUGGAACGCCAGCUGAGCGGGCUUCACAUUUUCGCGGAUGGGAACGCAGAUAAGGGCGGGACGACUUCGGAAGCGGCGUCCAGUGGUCCUCCACCGAACACCGGAAGGAAUAAUCCCUCUCAGGAAAUCAGUAGACACUACUCGCCUGUUGUGCACUACGAUCGACAAGGAAUCCGGAUGGACUACGUUCCUCCCAUCUACCGCUUCCGAGCCAACGAGCUUGCGUCUCCCGGUCGUGCGUCGCCGUUGAGUGUCAACGCAUCCCCUAUCGCUCCAAGUAGUCGCAAGAAACAGAUCCAAGACCACCAAACAUCACCGGUGCGAAUCUCUCGCAAUACAGGUCUAGAAAAGGAUAGACUUCGAGAAGAGGACGAUAGCGAUGGUGACAAGGAUACAGGCGCGGAGGAGUGGCAAACUCGUCCAUUGAACCGGAUGCGGGAAGCGGCCGGGGUUGACAAGAUGAUACAUGGUGAUUUGAUGGCGACACCGGUCACCAAACAUACUCAGAAUUACUCUGUGUCGAUUCCUCGUCACAACAGGCCUGUUAAACAAGUUACACCCACGACGGCAUCGGUGAUACCCGAUGAUCCCUUUCAGGUGGAUCCUCGUCGACUCUCCUUCUCUCCAUGUGGCGGGGCUCAGUACUGUGAGCGGAACCACAAACACCAAGCCAUCAUCAGCCCUCCAGUUGUGCCGCAAGUGUGGCUUUCACAAGCACCAUCGCCCGGGCUCUCUGGCUAUAAUCCGUUCAAUACUUCAACAGAUCCGCGUCAGACAAGGGACACUCCCCAGCCUAUUACCCCGAAAAACUGGACCAUGCGCGCAAUUCCACCCUCUCCCGCCAUCGUGCAGACUCCUGGGUUGGUGGGAAAGCGAACCGUCCUCCCGACUCCAAACAUUCAUCGUCAGCAAGCUCUGGUCCACCACCAGUCGCGAUCGGAUAGUAAGGCACCAACGAACUCAGAUCAUGACUCUACGGAAUCAUUUUCGUCUACCAAAACCCAAUACGCGGGUCAAGGAUACGCUGGUCGACGCCGAAAAGGUGUAGACUCGUCAGAAGAUGAGUUCAACGUUCACUCGGUUUUCUUCCCUCAAAAGAAGAAGAAGGCGAACGCAAACGGCGUGGCUGUCUCGAGUCGCCUAAUGGUUCCAACACAGAGCUCCCGCGCAAGAUCGAAAGUUCGCACUGAGAGGGAUAACAAGCUGCUGAAUAAUCCCGGAGUUUUCAAUACUGGUCCAGUUGCCCAGACUCACACCAGGAGAGUUCCCGAUCUCGGAGGCAAGGCUCAGGAUUUCACUCAUAAUGCUCGUGGAAUAUCGCGAGCGAGACCACCGUGGGAGGGCAUCGCCGUAGUUCCUGCUGAGUUCGUUGGUGCCGCUGUGGAUAUUCUGGAAAAGAGCCACCGCGCUGAACAUGAUCACCAAGGACGCAAGCAGGGGUUUUCGAGGCAGGUGGGUGUUGAAGGCCCACGCAGAUUUCCGGCCAGCAUGGGGUUCCAUGCUGUCCCAACGAAUACUAUGAGGCAGCCUGUGCAGCAUUCAUACGGAAGUACCGCCUUUAGCGGGGGCAUGUACCAAGAUCCGUCCCUCACCGGUCGUCGACACGGUUUGCAUCCCUCCCCUGAGAAGCCACUACGCCGCAACAAGUCCCGUGCUCGCUUUGGCGAACCUUUGGAAGACAGGAUACCUGGUGGCUACAUCUCCAAGCUCGGUACGCAGGCCACUCAUCGCCAGGCCCCCGUCGAUACCCGGCCUGCACCUGUCCAGACUUCCGGAAGACGUCACACCCCGCCGAAUCGCCUUUUCACGGCUGUGUCGACCCACAAUUUGAACGUGUUCGACAGGCUGUGCGCUCCUACCGCCGCAUCGCGGGCUCGUGCUAGAUCCCAGAGGUCCGGCUCACGCCCCGACUCGCGGAACGGAGCGAGCUACGAUCCGUGUUUCACAGCCCAUGGCCACCGCAGCGCUCACCCGGUUGCGCCCGGCAGCGCCCGCCGCGAACCACCCAUUUACGCGCCAGAUCCCCGCACUCCACAGACCCAGCUCGAGGCCUGGGAGCAGCGCGGAUACGCCGCGUACGAGGCUGCUAGACUCAUCGAGAAGAGCAGCUUCACAAUGGAGCAGAAGCACGGAAUUCAGCACCUCCAUAGGCUUAUCAACGCGGUCUUCGUGGGCAUGAAGCUGAGGGCUCCCGAGAAGGAAGCUAAGAUUGAGACCGCCUUCGGCGAGGUCGUCGCUCAGCUCAACUUGCUGUUCUUCCUGCUCGAAGGAAAGCCCGAUGAGGCCCAUGUUGCCAAGAUGAUUGCCAGAGUUGCCGCCCGCGGAAACUAG